GCCUCAGCUCCGCGCUCCCGUUCCGACACCAGCAUCGCUCUUCUGUUCUCGGUCUCCGUUGGCGCCUAGCUAUACCCCCCGACACCAGCAAGCGCCCAAGCUGGGGAGUGACAGCUCGCUGCGAGUCUUUUUUCUGGAUUUCCUUGUGGUUUUUUGUCGACAUUUGUCCUUGCAAAACCUUCUUUCCCCUCAGCAGUAGUCCUGUCUCCGCCCACCCUGAACGCUCGGUUCGCAGCUGUGUGUCUUCUGGUUCUCUAGGCGGCACCUCCUCGCUCUCUGUCUCGAGUCCUCCGCCGCGCCGAGGAGCCCCGUGGUGAACUUUUCUGCGGCUUUCAGCGGAAACAGUCAGGCUUCGGGACUUCUUCAGAGUCGACACUUUCUUGGCUUUAGGUCUCUGUCAAAAGCACGAACUCCCUAGUUCUCCAGCUUUACGUUUUGACUCGCGACAAAUUGGUGCCGCCAGGCACAUGGACGCGCAGGCGCGCUCCACAACUCUUUCUACUUCUCCGGCCUGUGUCGUCCUCUCUUGAAAGAGCGAAUCGGCACAAAGACCUCAACUGAACUCGAUUCACGACCCUUGCGGAGCUUCUCUUUUCCUCUCUGGGGUUCCACCGCAACGGAGAACUCUGGAGUCGGAAUGAGGGAAGAGCAGUGUGAAGCUCGGUCGCUUCGCCGCAGGAUUUUUCCCAGUUGUUAGUUUCCGUUUGUUGUUGGAGACUUUUUCUCUGCUCCGCUGUUUCCCUGUUAUUAUGUCCCUUCUGUGUGUCCGCUUCCUUUUCGUCCUGUCCUCUCCUGUGCCUUGUUUUUUCUCCGCCGCGGCUGUCUCCUUUUUUUCUUCUCUCGCGCAGGUGUUCGGCCUGCACCUCUGCACUUGCCAGGCGUUGACUCGAGCUUUAGUAUGGUGUCGGUUUUCCUCGGUUUCGCUCGUUUGCUGUCCCUCCCUCCAGCCUUUUCUCUCUGCUCUCGCGCGUUUCUCUUCCUGUUCUUCUUCCUGUCUUCUUGCCUCUGUCUCUUCCGCUGCUCCCUGCCGCUUCUCAGGUUUCCUCGCCUCUCCUGAGUUCCCUUCGAGCACUGACUCCCUCGCUGGGUCGCUCAGAAUUGCGCCGCAGCCUCCGUUUCCUAGCCCUGCUGCGACUCUUCUGUGAAGGAUGUGACCAGCGGGUCACACGCUUUCCUUGUUGGACAAGUUCCGCGUUUCGCGCUUUUUAUUUUCCCCAUGGAGGAUGCGGCUUUCAGCUUUCACAUCGACGGCUCUGGGUUCGUCGACAGCGAAGGCCUUUUUCUCCACUCGCCUUCUUCCUUGGGGUCUCCGUGCUCCUCGCCUUCGCCCAGUCGCGAAAAGGACGCUUUCUCGGUGGUAGAGGCGGUCCCAAGCUCGCCGAAGAAUCCAGCGAACUGCGCAAGCGGACGUGAGUCCGGCGAACUGACUAACGGAGCCCCAGCGUUCUCCGGAGAAAGCCGCAACUCCGUGGACGUGGAAGACGCCGCACACCCCCGAGAACACUGCGGAGGAACAGAUCCCUUCGAUCGACAAGAGACUCUUCGCAAACCAGGUAGCCCUGGUCCCCAAGACUCCUUCGGGGCAAAGGAAACAGCUGGUGGAGAAGAUCCUUUCCAUGACGACGAUCCCUUCGGUUCCUCCAAGUGCACCGUCGACGUCUCCGUUGACAGUGUGCAAGCGAACGAGCAGGAACGAGGGAAUUCGACAGUGCAUGGCGUUUGGGGGCGAGAGAACGGAGCGUACCCAAGUGGCUUUUCUGUCUCCACGGACUCGCCUUGUUCUUUCUUUCAGGAGACGAAACGCGAGGAACCCCCGCACUCGGUGGACUGCUUCCUCCGCGGAGACACCCUGGGGAUCCAGGAGGCCUUCGAGUGGGGCGCGGAGACAGUGGAGACACGCGCGGGCGAACAGAGCCGCGCAGGCGGACCCCCCACAGCGCGUGCAGUUGAGUGGCGAAGCGCGGAGGAGAAAAAGAGCGAGAGAAGAAACUCAACGACAGACACCUUUGCGGGGGGAGUCUGGGGAAACGCAGAAGAGAGGAGAGAACCAGACGGGGAGCCUUGUGAAGCAGAAAAUAAUUCGGAAGAGACCCUGAGAACAGACAGAGACAAAAGAGAAGACAGAGAAGACAGAGGAGACAGAGAAGACACAGGAGGAAGAGAACAAGGCAGAGAAGAGAAGGGCGAAGAAGAAGACUGGCAAGACGAUACCUGGCAGGGAUUUCAAUCUGCGCCGCCUUCUCCAGUGUCUGCCUUUCCAACUCAAAGCGACGCCCCUGUGGAGCCAAAAACUUUUGAGAGAAGGGGGGCAGACGAUUCUGUCGGCGUCACUUCUGACGCCUGCGCCGUUUCGCGCGAGGGACAUCCUGGAGAAAGUCACGAAGACGGCAAAGUUUUCGGCGCUCCUUCAUCCGAAGCCACCCUCUCUUCUGCUCACGAGCACUACGCUCAUUUACAGCCUCUUUCGCACUCGUCUCUCUCGUCUUCCUCGCCGGCUUCGUCUCUCUCGUCUUCCUCGCCGGCUUCCUCUCUCUCCUCUUCCUCGCAAGCUUCCUCUCUCUCUUCGUCCGCUGCUCCCUGCCCAUCCUCCUCUUCCGGUUUGAAAGAAGCUCCCGUUCCCUCCGUGGCUGCUGCGGCGUCUGAGCACUUGUACCAAGCCGUAGCUUAUGGAAAGAUUUGCCUGCUGCCUGUGAAGGACUGGGAGGGCGACCGCGAGGCGCGGAGCGCAAUUGUGAGUCGGCUGAGCGCCGCACUCUAUGCGGUUCUCGAGGAGACCGUUGCGCAGAGCGUAGCGGUGACCAGCAAGACGACAAAGUACCUGCGGGCGCGAUCGAAAGUCGAGGGCGACUACGCCAAGUUGCUGAGACAGUGCGUCGCGUCGGGCCGGACGAAGCACGAGACGCAUCCGUUCUCCCUUUUGCAGACGCGAAACUCAGAGCAGUUUGCCCGAAAGGAGAGACAGAGUCACGAGACUGUCGGCGCGGGACAGCCCUCUGGACAGUCAGUUGCGACAGAAAAGGAUGGAAUAAACGACAAAACGGAGAAGCGAGAGAAGAGAGGGUCGGUCGGCGCGAAGCGUCGGCCGAGUCUCGGGAAGAGGGAGGAGGAGGAAGGAAGAAAGGGGGGGGGUCUUUUCUCGGGUGGGGAGAAGACUGAGGAAAGUCGACGCAAGUCUUAUUUUUCUUUUUCUCAAACUUCAAAGAAGACACCAUCCCUUCACUGCCCCGAGGCGCGGGUAUCCGCAAGCGUUUCUGGGUGUGAGGGCGCGAGCGCGAGGAGAGACGACUCCAGAGAGACCAGCUCGCAUUCCUCUGAACGACGGAGAUCGUCGCGGUUCUCUCGAGACUCUUCUGCCCGAGAAAAACACGAAGCACCGCGCGGCUCUUCUCACUCUUCCCUGGACUCUUCUCAGAGUUGCGAGGCAGAGAGAACAAGUCGUCGCGGCAAAAGCGAAACUGGCGGCGGGUGUGAACUCGCCCCCACCACCUCUUUGGACCCCCGAGACCGCUUGCAGGCCUUCGGGGCGGCCGAACAGCGGCCUUCUACAGAGCCUGUCAAAGAGCUUUUUAACGAGUUCUGUGGAGAGCGGAACCGUGUGGGGGAUCCCAGCGGGUCGCUGGGCUCGAUGUAUGAGGACAUGGCAAUCGAUUCGAUUCCGGAAGGGCUUCAGGACGAAGGAAAGGAAGAGUCGACUUCCCACAACUCGACUCCCGCGCUGACGGUCUCGGCACCUCGCGAGGAGACCGGUAUAUCUUCGGGAGCCGAAAACCGGGCGCGAGCCGCGUCUGGGCCUGGCCUUGCCUCCUCCGAGAAAGGCAGGUGGGGCUCCGCCGCCGCCUUUCUCUCGCAGCUCGCGCCACAGUUCGCCAGACCUGGCCUGUCUCCGGAGGCCCAGCGGAGCCCAGAGGCGAGUGAGGAGGCUGGCCAGAAGGGAGAAGAAAGGGCCGAGUCCAGCGCGGCGCUGUGCUCUGCCGGACAAGAUCCAAGAGCUGUUCAAGAGACGCUGUUCCCCUCCAUGUCCUCCAGUGCCUGGCUUCUCGGCUUGCUCGAGAUGAAUCAGCAAACGGCCCUGCAGAGCGACAUCCUCGGAGCCUUCGUCGAAACUGAGCUCGUCCAAAACUUUCUGCAGAAACUCUGCUCAGAGUACGAACGCGCCGCGGCCAGACAUCUCGACUCCGUCAAGAAGUAUCGCCACCAAGCCGCAAAAGCCAAUGAAGUUUGCCGACAGGUGUGGCUCACGUAUGAACAGGCAUGCGAGGAGGCUUCCAGGGACACACUUCACGCGAUGAGUCGCGAAGGCCCCUCGACUGGAGCCCAAGGAACAGGCACCGGCGGCGCCGCGACCGCGGGGACAGGGGCGACGCGCAAGAGCCCGCAGUGCAGCUGGUUGUUGGAGAGAAAAUUCCAAGUGGCGGCACGGAAGGCGCAAGAAGAGGAAUUGAUGCAUGUAGGAGCUCUUCUGGGUUGUCUCUUUCAACUGCAGUGCUUGGAGAAGUGGAGAUGCGAGACACUGCGCCACGCCCUCCAGUCGUUUCUGCUCAAACUGCAGAGUUGCCUCUCUGUCGUCCUCGUCACUCUCGACAGAGUCUCUGAAAUUCUCGAAGCCGAUCCUUCAUUUGCACCUCACGGAGGCAUUGGAUCUCGUUCUUCUUCAGAGAUUCGAGGCGAGUCUCUGUUGCUCGCGUCUUCGAGUGUCCGGUCAAUUUCCUUUCCUUCUUUUUCGCACCCAGGAGGAGGUUCCCCGCGCUCUGCAGCUGCACAGAUUGCUGAGAGGCUUCGUCAGAGUCAACAAGAGAACUUGGAUUUGUUGCGAGAGAAACGACGAGAGCUGUGGGGCACACGGGACCUGUCUCCCUACCUCCCGGGAGGCGCGGGCUGUCUCGACACCGCAGCGCUCGGCUCCCCACACUCGCGCUCUGCUCUUCGUCCGAAAAAAAAGGAGCACAAGAAACAGAGCGAGAAAAAACGGAGAGAGAGAGCGAGGACGAUGACCUAUUCGACGCCCACACAGAACGACCUCGUCGACAGAGCCCAGUUCGGAGACGAGCCAGACGGCCUCUCGAGCGACGAGGAAGCGCGAGAAAAAAUCAGAGACUGGGGAGGAGCGACGGGAGACAGAGAGGAUGUCGACAUCGAAGGCGCAUCCAGCGCAGGUGACGAAGAAGAGGACGCACAGACGAGAAGAAGCGCGAAGAAGAGUUCCGCAAGACACGGCGACGGAAGACGAUCUCUGCAUGCACGGGGAGACGCUGGGAGCGACGCAGGGAGAGAGAGAAGAGAGCGAGGGGGGCAGAACCGGGCAGAAGGGGAGGAGACAGACGGUGGAAGCGAGCGCAGCAGACAUGCUGAAGAAGACGACGCUGACGCUUUGCCAAGGAUGUGUGAGAGAGGAGAAAACGAGAAGGAAGCAACUGGGCGAAGGAGCUCCUUAGAUCCCGCUAGACGCCUGCCUCCGCGUUCGAGACUCACACGACUACCGAAGGACAAAAACAAUGAAGGUUCCGCUGAACACACGGGAGAAAAAAGGAAAACGAGCAAAGUGAAACGAGACUCUGAAGAGGACCGAGAGGAUUUGACGGCUGUCUGUUCUCUACUCAAACACUGCGGACUGUUGGAGGCGUCUGCUCGCCACAGUUUGGAUGGGAGAACUUCGUUGGAGGACUUUCUCCCCGCAUGCGUGAAUUGCUCGUUGAUUGUCAACUUGGCGCGACAGCUGCAGGACUCUCCUUUCCCCUCCACUCACCGCGUGUACAGACAGGGAGUGGUGGAGCGGCAGGCGGGCGGCGGCACGGGGGGGGCUUUCUCCGGUUUUCUGCAAAAAUGGCGACAUGGCUUUCUCGUCCUCACUUGGGAUCGCUUUCUCCACAUGUUCAGGCAGGAAGAAGACAUCCAAGAAGCCAAGCCACCCUGCUGGAGCAUCUGUCUGGCUAGAAGCGAGGUGCACAAAUGCAAAACGCGCGACCAGAAAGAGGCCACAAUUGAAAUCCGAGAGAAACGAAGACGCUUCUUUUCGUCUCGUGUCUCUGGAGUCUUUCGGCCGCCGACGUCGCGCGAGUGCGACGAGUGGAUGGCUGCACUUGAGACUGUGGCGAACGAUUCGACAUUCUUCGAGGCAGCCGCUGUGCGCGCGACGACGUGGCGCCCCUCAGAUCUCGAGUUGUCGAAUCCCCAGCGGCGAGGUUCCAACGCCUCUGGAAGUCCGCGCUUCUGGGGCAACGGUUGCUUGAUUUCUUCGCUCGCAGCUUUCCACGUGGACACACUAUCGCCGGAGAGCAGCGCAACAGUCGACGAGUCUUCCGUCGGCGAGGCGUCGCGGUGUUCGUCACCGACUUGGCGAGUGCCGCCGCACUACCACGACGUCGCCAUUUCGACUUUCUCAGCAUGUCCUCUUUCUCGAGAGGCAGCAGACUCGGAAGGCGCGCAAGGACUCGGGAAGAGCGCGUUCUCGUCCUCUCUGCAGCUCUUUGAGCAUCGCCGAAGAAGCUCGCUGUCCUCGACCUCGCCUUCCUCGCUGCGCAGCGGGCCUCGGGUCUCCCACUUGUUCGCAGACACGCACAGCGACCGGCUUUCUCAGGAAACAAGUGGAGAGUUCGACGGACCUCUGCGAAGCCCGGUGGGGUUCACUACGCUCUCCACCCUCCCGUCCUCAGGCAGGAAAGUCAACCCCUUCGGCGACGACGGAGACCAGUCCCCCCGCGCACAGCCGACAGCCUGCAGUGCCGGCAACUUCGGUUUAGACGAAGAAGCCGGAAUCUGGCUAGACAGCAACAGCUAGACACGUUCAGAGACACUUUGUGACCGCGUUUUCCACGGACUGGACCUGUCACUUGUCAGGAAACGUAGACGGCCUGACGAAACAACGUAGGGGGAGCGAGUUAGGCUGGAAGUGGAGAGGAAAUUCAAGCGCCGACACACGCAGAUCGAUGCACACCGAGAGGAAGGGUAGAUCUGCGGGCUGUGAGGCCGGGGCCGUCCCGCACUCAAAACUCUUUUUUGUCGUUGUGCUGUUGGCAAAUGCCGCCUGGAAACCGGCGCGGCCUUUAGGCUCUAGACCUUUGUUUCGAUGUGGACGAGUUUCCUGGAAGGCACCGACCGAACGGAAUCCCCGCAUAGAGCUAAAACCCCAGUGUAGACCACGGAAACUGAGAUAGCUCCCAAAUAGGUUUCAUAGAGAGUGUCUGGUCGCCCCCACCUUUCUGUCGGGCACUCGACCAAGAGUGCCGAGGCGGCUCGAGCCGAUGCGUGGAUGCAUCUUGUCAAGCCCCCAUUUGAACUACAGUGGACUCCGGAAAACCUGCAUUUUGUGGGUUUUAGGAUGGACGAUAUGCACAUGCAUGUCUGCCGAGAUGUGCACGACUCCUGACCACAACGUGCGGCCACGGCGCGUUGCGUCCUUUUUCCAGGAAACGUAUGCGUGUUUUCCGUUGGAAGCCGUCUAGUGCCCUUCCCGUUUGUUGAAAUCCUGUUUCCAUCGGCUGGUUUCCACGAAGAGCCUCUCCUAGCGCCCUCUCACCACCAACAGCCGAGAUCCCGGUAGCUCAUGUGCGCCGUGGGAACUGGGAAAACCGACUUUUUUCAGGGGCUAUUGCAUCGUUUCCCUCGUGCGGGAAAAGCGUAAUUUGUGAAAGCCAUUGUUUCUGCUCCGUUUGGGGAAUAAAACGGUCUCGCACGCAACAGCUGUGCUGUCUUCGGUGGACGCGCUGGCAGUUGAGACCGCAGCGGCAGUGUACACACAGGAGAAAACGCAAGGCUGUGCCGAAGAAACAGCUGGGUCGGGAACUGACACGCGUCUUGCGCCGUGACUUCCGAUGUCUUGGCUACAGCUCUUCAUUUCCGUAAAGAUGGAAAGGCCGCGCGGCAAACAGUGCCAAGCAGCCAUCGAUGGAAACAAUGCUUUCCGUUCCAUAGUGUAAAAACGGAUAUCCUAGCGUUCGAGAAGAUGCGUUCUGCAGGUCACCUCCAAACCCACUUUGCCUAUAUACCAGACGCCACGUGGCAC